UUUUUGUCGGCGUUUGACAGACUUGGCAGUUUAUGUUUACGACACGUCAGGUUGGUGGAAAUUAAAGGCUUUAACUUUUUAGUUCGUAAUCUUUUAUAAAAUGGAAUAAUAAUUUACUGCAACGAAAUCAUUAUUUGCAUAUUAAAUUUAGUUGGAAGCAAUGGGUGUUCUAUUCAGUUAUUUUAAAAGCCUUUUGGGUGCUCGGGAGAUGCGAAUUUUGAUUUUAGGCUUAGAUGGGGCCGGUAAAACUACUAUAUUGUAUAGGUUACAAGUAGGUGAAGUUGUUACAACAAUUCCUACUAUCGGAUUCAAUGUUGAACAAGUCCAGUAUAAAAAUCUCAAUUUUCAAGUAUGGGAUUUGGGUGGCCAGACAAGUAUAAGGCCAUAUUGGAGGUGUUAUUAUAGCAAUACAGAUGCAAUUAUAUAUGUGGUGGAUUCAGCUGAUAAAGAAAGAAUGGGUAUUUCAAAAGAUGAAUUAUUUCAUAUGCUUAGGGAAGAAGAAUUAGGAGAUGCAAUUUUGGUAGUGUUGGCAAAUAAACAAGAUAUACCAGGGUGUAUGUCACUUAAAGAAGUACAUCAAGCACUUGGCCUCGAGGCUUUAAAAAAUAGAACUUUCCAAAUAUUCAAAACAUCAGCUACUAAAGGUGAGGGACUGGAUAUGGCCAUGGAGUGGCUUGCAAAUGCUUUAAAAAACAAAAAAUAACAGUAAUUUAUCACAAGAUGUUUCUAGUCUUAUCAAAAAUUAUACGUUUUGAAAUUGUUUCAUUAUUAGCUGAUCGUUUGGAUAUUUUAUUUGAAAGCUUGUUUUCAUUUGUGACAUUUGAUUCAUUCCAACUAUCAUUAAAGAAUCAUACUAUUUGCAAAGUAUUUAAGAUUUCAUACCAUGUUUUGUAUUAUAGACUUAAAUAAAUGUGGAUAUCAUUCAUACCAAA